AUUCUUGGUGGAACAACAUGUGUUUUGCAACCACCUGAAGUUUCAGUAAACAACCCUUUUAAGAAUAGGAUAACCCAAAGAUGGAAAAAGUGGAUGGGCAAAGGAAAAGCAUCUGGACUUAUGCUUAACCCUGAUGGUAGUGAAGAUUUUAAAAUGUCAAGUCGCCUCCAAGCCAUUAUUGCAAAUUAUAUGGAUGAAGUAAUUUUUGAUGAAGAGGAACAGAGUAAUGAAUCUGAGAAUUUAGGCAGUGAAUCGAGUCCUGAUAAACUUGAUGAGGAUGUGUUGGAUAAUGAUUUCAAAAAUAUGAUAGAUACUGAUUUUGAAAAUAUAAGUAUUGGUUUUGAAGAUACAAUAAAUAUUGAUGAUUGA